AUGUUUUUCAAACACAAUUUAAUUGUUAAUGAUGAUGUAAUAGAAAAAAAACAUGUUGAUACUUUUUAUAACUAUGACUCAAAGUGUAAUGUUCGAAUGGCUCCUAAAUUAACUUAUUCCCAUAUUCAUCCAAGUCCUUUUGAAAGAAUGAAGGUUAGAUUAGCGGCUCAUAUAUUUGGUCAUAGUGUAGCCGCAGGAAUGUCUGCAGCAUUGAAUCAGGGUAUUCCACCAAAAACCUCUAAAUGUACAAUCAAUUUUAUUAAUUUUAUGGAUAUUAUUAUUAUUAUUAUUUGA